AAACCCUUCCAAUACACCAAGACGGUAUCCAUCCCUCUUUUAUAGCGUCGGAUGUGAUGGGAUGGAUCGACCGUGCCGAACGUGCCUAGCUCUUUUUGCUGCUUUUCGUUGGCUUCUCUUUUCCCUCUCUUGUGUGUCUGAACUGACGCCUGUCUCAUCUUGUUGAAGCUGUUCGUUCAUCCAGCGUGCUUUGUCAUUUUGCAUCAAUCGUCCCAUGUCGUCCCGCUUUCAUCUCCAUCCCAACCUCCUCGAAACCGCGGAUUUCUGCAAGCUUCUCCGUAUCCAACUCGGCACGACCGCUACCCUGCCUCUUCGCCGCACACAUAAAAGGCACCAGAGAUUCACGGCCAGGACCCCGGGCAAAGGAGCUGAGAAAGCUAUUCGCUUGCUUCCCGCGCACGCGGUUUCCAUCACCGUGACCUGCUUCGAUGUGGCCUAGGUAAUACCUACUUGGGAUUUCGUGUUCCAUAGUGAAAAGAACUGGAAGGUUUUAUAGGCGCUGAACCCCUAGAGUGCCUGUGAUCUCCCCACAGUUCACCAACCGGCCCCGUACUAGUAGACGGAAGACCGUGAACAUCAAGGUCAGAGUUUCCACUUCUGACUCGGGUACGCGCAAGUACCUGGCACAGAUAGUCGCAGAGUACCAGCAUAAGAAAACCCCACCUAUUUUUGCCUGCAUCCGGAUGCCGCGAUACAAGAUCCGGCUUUAGUUGGAAGUCACCGCUCGCUCGGCACGCACACCACUGGGAAACUUGACAUUUUGGCGGUCCCAGCCCGCAUAGGUUGCUACACAUAUCCCGCCGGCGACCUUAACAGACCAUCGGCAGCCCGGUGUUAGGAAAACGCCCUUUUGCAACGGUCUACGGUCCGGAAAUUGGUAACUACUCAGUCCGGCAGUCUCAAUGAGGUUUUUCAGCAAAAAAUCGUCCAGAAGCUCCACCUCCACGGACAGAGUGGACGCAGAUACGCGCGCCGGACGUUACGAGUCGACGCAGCCUUCUGGCACUUCAGGUCCAAGAAGUCCCUACUCGCACGCAAAGCGUUCGCACUCACAGUCGCCGCCGCCGCCGCCGCCGCCUCCAAAGUCUCUAAGGCCGCCCACGCAGACGCAGCAACACCGAUUGUCCCCCACCAAACCCGUGUUUUCGUCCCCCUCGGGCACCCGUUCGCCGUCCGCCAAAAAAACUCACAGGUCGGACAGUCAACCACGCCGGGAUCAUUCUCCCCCGACACCACCUCCGCACUACAACCUUCCCCCAACACCACCGUCGGGCUCAACUUCUAGAUCUGCGAGUGCGCGCGAUCCCACAAAACACUCGUCGUCGUCAUCGUCGCAUCAGCCGCGCUCCUCGACCAGUUCCCGCAGCAGUUUCGGCCGCCACCCAGUCGACCCCGCCGCUGCGUCUGACAGCCGUUCCCGGUCAACUUCCUUCCGUCGAAAAAAGGUCGACACAGACAUCCACCCGCUGAACCUGCCUCCCGAGCAGCGCAAACGCUUUUCUGAUCUGUCCGGCUUUAGUGUUCGAAAUUCAAUGGAGUUCGACAACAAGGAGAACGGCGCGGCUUCCGCAGCCUCGCCGCCGCCGCCGCCGCACAAGCAGCAACCGCAGGACCAGCAAGCUCAGCAGAAGCCCACACCGCCCGCUCACGGAAGCACGUUUACCGUCCCCAUGUCCAACGGUGCCGAUGCUGCUCAGACUAAUGACGGCGAAGUUCCUACCCCUCCUCCCCAUCGCUCGCAGCCUACUACCCCCGUGCAGAGCCCUGCCGAGCAGGCAGAGGGCUUCAAGAAUGAGGGCAACAAGUUCUUCAAGGCAAAGGAUUAUAACCAAGCGAUUGUGCAUUAUACCAAGGCCAUCGUCUUGCAGCCCGAAUCCGCAACAUAUCUAGGAAACCGUGCGGCAGCCUACAUGUCCGCCGGCAAGUAUAAGGAUGCUCUUGAGGACUGCACUCGCGCAGCGGAGCUUGACCCGAACAACCCCAAGAUUCUGUUGCGUCUGGCCCGUAUCUACACCAGCCUUGGCAGACCCGAAGAGGCCAUCGCCACUUUCGGCCGCAUCCAACCGCCCCCUUCGGCAAAGGAUAUGGCUCCCGCUAGGGACAUGUUAAACUAUAUCCAGGCCGCCCAGAAGGCUCUCCAGGAGGGCACGGCCGCUUCCAUGGUUCUGCACCCCCUCGAUAUGGCCGAAAGGCUCCUGGGUAUCGGUGCUAGCCGGCCCAGAAAGUGGGUUCUGAUGCGUGGCGAGGCUCUCCUCAGGUUGGGCGAUAUCAACUCUCUUGGUGAGGCUCAAAAUAUUGCAAUGUCGCUCCUCAGGAGCAAUAGCCAGGACCCCGAGGCUCUCGUGAUCCGUGGCCGUGCGCUUUAUGCUUCAGGUGAGAACGACAAGGCAAUUCAGCAUUUCCGCAAGGCGCUCAGCUGCGAUCCCGACUUCAAGGAUGCCAUCAAGUGGUUGCGUGUCGUUCAGAAGUUGGACCGUAUGAAGGGAGAGGGCAACGAUGAAUACAAGGCUGGCCGUUGGCAGAAGGCCCUGGAAAAAUACACUGCGGCGUUGGAGAUUGACCCGUCAAACAAGGGCACCAACUCCAAGAUUCUACAGAACCGCGCCUUGUGCUACACCAAGCUGAAGCAGUUUGACGAGGCCAUCGCCGACUGCGAAAGAGCCAUCAGCCUCGACCCUUCUUACCUCAAGGCCCGCAAGACCAAGGCCAACGCGCUUGGCUUGGCCGAGAGGUGGGAGGACUGUGUUAGGGAGUGGAAGGCACUGCAGGAGCUCGAGCCUGAAGACAGGACCAUUGCUCAGGAAGUCAAGCGAGCCGAGCUUGAGCUCAAGAAGUCGCAGAGGAAAGACUACUACAAGAUCCUUGGGAUCGACAAGAAUGCGGAUGAGACCCAGAUUAAGAAGGCGUACCGUAAGCUCGCCAUCGUCCACCAUCCCGACAAGAAUCCCGGCGAUGCCUCCGCCGAAGCCAGAUUCAAGGAUAUCAGCGAAGCUUAUGAGACGCUUAGUGACUCUCAAAAGCGCGCUAGGUACGAUAGUGGUGACGACCUAGUGGACCCGUCUGAUAUGUUUGGCGGUGGCAUGGGCGGUGGCAUGGGUGGUAUUGACCCUGAGAUCAUUAUCCAGAUGAUGGGUGGCCAGGGUGGUCAUGGCUUCGGUGGUGGUGGUUUCGGCGGCUUCGGCGGUGGCGGCUUCCCUGGAGGCGGUCGCUCCCGCGGCAGGGGAGGUUUUGGCGGCGGCGGCUUCCACUACCAGUGACAAACCCACGAAGAUGAUAACGAGUACGAGGGCGACUUUGACGAUGAUAAUGACGGGUAUCUGUCCGAAGACGACGCUACCGAGCAUCACGAUGAGCACGGACGGACCCACAGAGCUUGGGGAAAAGGAAAAGCAGGCAACGACAUGGAUAGCCGAGUGGCAUGGCUCAGAUCAUGGGGUAUCUGGCUGGUCGCUGCCGUUGUGCUUUUGCCUCCCCAUCUCUUGGUUCUGCUCCUUGUGUGGUAUGCAUGCCUAAGUCUCUUCAAAAAGUUCAUGGCUGCCGUCAGACGCGGCUAGCGUACUUCUGGUAUCUCAGUCAGAGAGUGACUGAGACCGCGUCUGGGGUAUGCAACCCCUUGGCUCAUGCCAAAUUUCAGGAAAGAUGCCUGAGCGUGUAAGAAGCGAUGGAGCAGAAAAAAAAAGACGGGUGUUUUCUUUUACAAAUUGGUCAAGGCAUAGACUUGUUUCAUUGGUUCAUAACCUCACAUACCCUUUCCCCGGAAAAGUUGCGCCACGCGCAUCCUUCGUCUUCCACCAUUGUCUUGUUAUCGUCUCGACCAUAUUUCCAGGCCGUUGUUGGGCUAUGAGUUGUCGCAGUCAUGCACACGCCCAUAUGGUUAUCCUUAUCCGGCACUGUGAGAUGGAAGUCAGUGGCGUUAUGUGUCUAGGUUUCUGGAUUGAGGAUGUAACCGAUUUUCCUUUUUACAUAUCGGAUUGCACAUAGACUGACAACUCAUAUAAAAGUCUGGUGAAAUGGGGCUGCUUAUCAUGGUUUGGUUCUUUGAGUAUGCUUGAAGACGAAGCAGAAGAAUACUUAGACACCAUAUAUUCAGGAUAGAGCUUUGAACUGGCAGCGAGUAAAUAUGGCACAUACAGCGAUUAUUCCUGUCGCGCAGUAUUCAUUGAGUCAGC